CAAUCUGAGGCAAAGGGAAUUCCGAAAGGCAAGUCGAGGAGACUAGAGGGAGCCGACGAGAGGGAUCGCCGGAUCGGCGCGCCCGCAACCGUCGAGACACCGAAAACCCUAACCUAUUUUGCCGCUCAUAUCGCAAUGGCGAGCCCCUCGACGACGCCCUCGGCUCCGAUCGCGGCGGAGGUAGUCCCCGUGGCUGAGGGGACUCCGGCGGCGGUACUGCCGCCGCUCGGCUCGAUGGCGUCCCUGUACGUGGGUGACCUGGCUGAGACCGUAGACGAGCCGCAGCUCCACGCGCUCUUCAGCCAGGUCGCGCCCGUCGCGACGGUGCGCGUCUGCCGGGACAUCCUAAGCGGCGUCUCGCUUGGAUAUGGUUACGUAAAUUUUUACUCGCGCCAGGAAGCUACUCGUGCGCUAGAAGCUUUGAAUUUUACCCCAUUGAUCGGAAAGUACAUCCGGGUUAUGUUCUCUAACCGGGAUCCAAGUCUGCGUAAGAGUGGACGUGCUAACUUGUUUGUAAAGAACCUUGAGCCUAACAUUGAUAGCAAGAACCUGUAUGAGAUCUUCUCCUCCUUUGGCGCAAUACUGUCAUGCAAGGUGGCCACUGAUUCAGCUGGUCAGUCAAAAGGGUAUGGUUUUGUACAAUAUGAGACUGAGGAAUCUGCCGAAGCUGCCAUUAACGGACUUAAUGGUAUGCUAGCAAAUAACAGAAAAAUGUUUGUGGGCCUACACAUGCGCCGUCGGGACAGAGAAGUGAAGUUCACAAACGUAUAUAUAAAGAAUUUGCCCACUGAAUUCAGUGAGGAUGACCUCCGCCAGGAGUUUGCACCGUUUGGUGAAAUUACUAGCGCUGUGGUCAUGAGGGAUGCUGAUGGUGCCUCCAAAUGUUUCGGCUUUGUAAAUUUUAAAAAGCCAGAGUUCGCUAUAGAGGCUGUUGAGAAGGCCAAUGGGAAGGCCAUCGGUGACAAGACUUUAUAUGUCGGAAGGGCUCAGAAGAAGGAAGAGAGAAAAGCCGAGCUGAAAACGAGAUUUGGACGUGGCAGAGACAACAAGGUUGAUAAACCUAAUGGUAUCAAUCUAUACUUGAAGAACAUUGAUGAUGGUAUAAACGACGAGGGGUUGAAGAAAUUAUUCGAAGAAUUUGGUCAAGUUGCUUCAUGCAAGGUAAUGGUUGAUGCUCGAGGAAGGAGCAAGGGUUCAGGGUUUGUGUCGUUUGCUACUGCUGAAGCUGGCCAAAGGGCGAUAAACCGAAUGAAUGGUAGGAUUGUUGGGAAGAAACCACUCUACGUUGGUUUAGCUCAGCCUAAGGAGGAAAGAAAAGCCAUGCUAAUGGCGCAUUUCGCUCAACGUAACCUGGCAAUGGCAGCUUCUCAAUAUGCCGGACCUCAGCAGGUCUAUUUUGGUCACCCUUCUUCACCUGGCCCGAUCGCGCCUCCUCAGGGCGCAGUAUUUGGGUUUCCGCAACACUUCGUUCCGGGAAUGGGGCCUAUCUCUCCCGUUAUGAUGCCGCCACACAACAUGCAGCGACCAAGGUAUCCUGGUCCUGCUCCAUAUCGGCAGCAGCAGGCGAUGAUCCACGCAAAUGCCAAUCACAUGCCGAAUGCCAGACCUGGGCCUUACCCUGCAAUGCCGCCUCAGGCCUUCCCAGGUGCGGGUGCCACGGCGUGGCAGCAACACGCUGUAAGCAGGACAACUACUGCCGUAGCAUCUGCUGGACCGGCAGACCAACAUCAGAUUCUCGGCAACAAGUUGUACGCGCUGGUCGAACAGCUCGAGCGCGAUCACGCUGGCAAAGUUACCGGGAUGCUGCUGGAGAUGGACAAGGCCGAGAUCCUACAGCUGCUGCGGUCUCCGGAGGCUCUCCGGGCCAAAGUCCGCGAAGCCAUGGCUGUUCUACAGCGGACCAAGGCCGGAGGCUCCGUCGAUCCUGCCGCCGCCGCUGCUGUCGCCAAAGCCGGAGACUCGGCAGCCGAUCCUCCUCCUGCUGCCGCCGCCGCCGCCGCCGCCGUUAAGGCCGGAAGCUCAGCCGAUCCCGGUGCCGCCGCCGCCGCACCAACCGUAAACGCCUGAGCGAUUGAUGCGCUCGCAGGGCAAAUAAGAUUUUCAGUUCAUGUGCCGGCUUGGACUCCGGACAUGCCUAGGAUAUAUGCUAAUAAUUUGUAGCCGAACCUCCUUGUCUCGUAGUUUAUUUGUUCCAGGUUACUCUUGGUUUUCCAGUUGCCGAACCGUAGCUUGAACCUUAGAAUGCUUUUGUCUCCGAUUGUUUUUUUUUAAUAAAAUUAGGCUGCAAUGAUAUUCCUUACCUGAGAUGC